GUUGAGCAAAUCGUGUGCGAGCAGGACCUGGAAGUCUUAUCGUGAAGAAGAGAGAAACAAACACCAAAAUCAAAUCAUGACCUUAGUUGAUAAAUCCAUCAUAUAUCAACAACAGCAGCAGCAGCAGCAGCCAUGCCUCCUUUCCUCCUCUUGAUCUCUCAUUCCACCAAUACAGCAAUAACACGCACUUGCAAAUACGGUUCUGAAUCGGUUGACUCGGUCUCUGCGCUGGUAGAUUCACGCUAUUUUAUCUCCGUGUUUUGACUCUGGUUUGAACGAUUUGACGAUGGAACCGAUGGAUAUAGUUGGUAAAUCCAAGGAGGAUGCUUCGCUUCCUAAAGCAACCAUGACCAAAAUUAUUAAAGAGAUGUUACCCCCAGAUGUUCGUGUUGCCAGAGAUACUCAAGAUCUUUUAAUUGAGUGUUGUGUAGAAUUUAUAAACCUUGUAUCAUCAGAGUCCAAUGAAGUAUGCAGCAGAGAGGACAAGCGAACAAUUGCACCUGAGCAUGUACUCAAGGCUUUACAGGUUCUUGGGUUUGGAGAGUACAUUGAGGAUGUUUAUACAGCAUAUGAGCAACACAAGCUGGAGACCAUGCAUGACUCUUUAAAAGGUGGUGGUAAAUGGAGCACUGGAGCGGCGAUGACUGAGGAAGAAGCGGCGGCGGCGCAGCAAAGGAUGUUUGAUGAGGCGCGUGCAAGAAUGAAUGGUGUGGUCAGUGCCCCCAAGCAGCCAGAGGCUAACCAAAGUUUAGAGAGCUAGCCUUAGGGACUUUAAUUUCUUGAACCGUAGGCAAGCAAUCAAUUCUCCCCUUUGCACGACAAGUCUUAUCAUAUACAGUGUACAAAGUCAUUGGCAAAGUGCAAGAAGUGACCUCUGUGGAUAUGCCACUUCGAUUUGUACUCUUUGUUUAUCUUAUGGAUCAUGUUUAUAACUUAAAUGUAAUUAGUGCAAGUUCGUCCAAA